UUAGAAUUUACAAAAGGAAUUUCCGUACUAAGUGCCUACUUUGUGUACUUUUCUACACCGGCCUUUGUAAAUGCAACCUUUUGUGUCAAACCGUAGCUGUCAAUAAUUAUCUAACCUUGUAUUAUUGAAUCAUGUUCCAUUCCUAGUGUAAAUGUGAGCUUUUGAAAAUGGCUGCUGAAAUAAAACCAGCCCAACGGAACGGCCAUGAACGAUUUAGUUCCAUAAGGAAGUUAGAGUUGGUUAAUAAAUUGGAGGGAAGUUGUGAUGAUAUUAAUGCGGCAAUUUUCAUCCCUGGCGAGAAUGGUGUGAUAAGUGUAUCCGAUGACAAAACCAUACGCGUGUGGCUGAAGAGGGACUCUGGUCAAUACUGGCCCAGCAUAUGUCAAUAUAUGCCCUCAGGUUGUUCUUGCAUCUGUUAUAAUGAAAAUGCAAGGCAAUUAUAUGUUGGCCAGGACAAUGGCACAGUUACGCAGUACUUUUUUUCCGAUGACUGCAACAGGCUCUCAUUUGUUCGAGAUUUUUUAGCACAUCAAGGUCGAGUAAUGGGAAUUGUAGUUGCCAACACGCUUCAAUGGGUGCUUUCAUGUGGAAAGGACAAACUCUUCGCUUUUUAUUCAACGGAAACUGGGAACCGAUUGGGUAGUUUUAGCUUUGAGACACCUUGUACUUCAUUACAAUUUGAUACUAUGGCAAAAUAUGCUUUUGUGGGUGACAAUAGCGGACUAAUUACAAUGUUAAGGUGUGACACGCCAAAUGUUCAAUUUGUCAACACAUUCAAAGGACAUACAACAAGCAUUCGAUGUUUAAAAUGGGUCGAAGAACAUCAGUUGCUUUUUAGCGGAUCUUGUGAUCAAACGGUUUUUGUUUGGGAUGUUGGUGGUAAACGUGGCACUAUCUAUGAGUUGCAGGGGCACAAUAAUAAGGUUUCUUCGCUUGCUUAUGCCAAUAGCACCCAACAGCUGUUGAGUGGCGGAGAAGACUCUGUUGUUGUCUUGUGGAAGAUGAACGCCAUGCGAAAAGAAGUCCCUGGAUGGGUGGAUAAUAGCAGUUGCCAGCUAUGUCAACGUCCUUUUUUUUGGAAUUUCCGUGCAAUGGUGGACCAAAAACAAAUUGCCUCUUCAGCUUUUUAGUGUACCAGGGUAGCUUAUUCAAACGCACAGGAAGUAAAGAAAGAUUACUUUUUAAGACAGUAUAGAUAUUACGUAAAAAAGCUUCAUAACAUUCCGUGAGAUUUUUUAAAUGAAAAACAGAAUACCAAUCAACUUCGUAGAUGAUUGAGUUUAAGGCGUCAAAAUUAGCAUCACGAAAAAGAACGGGGACCACUAAUACUAGUGGGAAUAAAAUUACAAAAUUGAAGAGACAAAGAUAGGGGAACAUGAUGCGUAUCAGAUCUGCAAAUAGAAAAAUAGCAUUCAUCUAACUGAAAGAUCAGGUUCUCAUCAACAAAAAUUAGGUCCAAGAUAUUGCCAAGCAUAUUAUGAAAAGAAUUAAUUUGAGUAAGAUUAAGACUGAGAAGGCUAUCUAAAAAGUUUAUUUCAAAUAAGUACCUUACAUUGGAAGGAGUUAGAACAUUAUUAUUUAGCAAGUUAGACCAAGCGAUCUUAUUCAGAUUGAAAUCUCCUAAAAUGCAGAAAUUACUGUCUCCAUUCUUGUCAUAGAUAUCAAGAAGGUUAUUGACAUGAGCGGCAUAUAAAGAUUCUGAGCUACUAGGUGGGAUAUAGGACACACAAAUAAGCAAUUUACCGAAGGUGCCAAAAGUACAGACACAGAGUUGGUCAAGUAAGGAGUCGUCAUCCAUAAGUUGAAAGACUGAAGAUCUUAAGGUACGCCUAAUCGCGAUUAGGACGCCUCCGCAUCUAUUGCAUCCCGGUUUUUUCAGAAUCUCGGUCCUUGCGGUAUGUUUGAAACAAAACCGGGUCAAAAAAUUCCGCAUCAAGAAAGUCAUUAUUGAGCCAAGUUUCAACUAAGACACACACAUCAAAUUCACAACGCGAUGUGAAUAAAAAUACUUCUCUCGCUUCUGUUCGCAUACCCGAGAUAUUUUGAUAAUAAAGUCUUAAACUUAGAUUAUUAGAGAUCCUAUGAGAAGAAUUAAUAUUAGACUUAAUACUAUGAUCCGUUCUGAUCCUUUGGAAAAAAGCGAAAUGGCCGAACACUAAUACCUGCCGGCCAAAGAUUGAGGCCAAGUUUAUAGUUGAUGUGCUGAAUAUCAUCAAGCGAAGUCUCUUUCUUCAGAAGUUAAAAGCAGGAUAAAAAGUUACUUGCAAUACCGGAGUGCUUUCCAACAUAAGAAAUUAUAUUUUCAGCGGAAACUGACGGUUUAAAUGAAGAUAAAUGAACCCAUUUCUUUUUGACAAUAACACCAAGCUCAGUAGACACAUUCCGCCCGGCAACUACAUUUUUUCGCUUAGAAGCAUUCUUAUUAGGCACAGUAGCCCCAUUGGUGAGAUCACAAGCAGAGUCAAAAAUAGUGUGAUUGUUAGGAGAGGCCGAAGCGCCAGCAGACCCAUGAAGAGUAUCAACAGUCCCAGGAGAGGAUGUAACUAAAUUCGAUGUUAACGCAGCAGAAUGAGUAUUAGCGUACCUGAAAACGUUAGAAGCAGCAUCACGCACACUCAAAGUGGGAAUAGUAGUAGACGACAACGGAGCAGAGCCAGCGAGCGAAGCAGCAGCGGGAGCGGCGCAAUUGCGCACCGCCGACGACGUAGGCACAUUAGUAGAUGCAGGCGCACCAGACGGCACUAAUAAAUUAUUUCCGAGCGUUGUUUUAUUGGCAAGUGUAGUGGUACAGCUGACGCCAGUCAACACAGCAUCCGCGGCGCUGGAAGCAGCAACGAACGAAUACGUAGGUGGGGUGACAUGCGAUGAUGACGAACAAUUAUUAUUAUCUGCACUUACUUUAUAAGUGGGAGCAUUAUCACAAUUCCUUUUGGCGAUAGCGGCCAUAACAUAGCCAUGCAAAUCUUUGACCUCUACUGUCAGUAGAGCAAUCGCUUCGU